AUGGCCAGGGAUACGAAACUCCACGGAGUCAGGAACUCGGCCUCCGCUAUGAGGUCUCGAAGGAUCUCCUCCGUCAUCCACGACCUCCCAUCGUGGAUUAGGCCCGUAGGCGGCGUACGACUCGGCAUCUUGAUUACAUCCGGGAUGCCCUCGAGUCUCGCUUGGCCUGACGGCCCCGCUUCUUCGUCUUCAUCAGAGUCGGUUUCGUCGCCGGAGUCAUGCUCUUCCCCCUCCCUCUGUCACUCUCUCAGCCUCUUCCCGACGCUCGGCUUCGGCGGCGACUCUCGCCGCUUCCUCCAUCUCACCUUUCGACCACCUUCUCGGCCUCAGCAGCCGUCGCUUCAUCCGCCACCGCCGUCUUCCUGCGACGCUCCGCCGCAUCCGCUUGGAUGGCUCCACCAAGAAGCCUCUCCGGACGAGCGGAGGAUCGCGUCUGACGCGCAAUCGAAGCAAUCGUCUCAUCGCCGUCAUCCAUGGCGAUGCCCUUUCCCUUUCUGUCUUUGGUUCAUCUUGAAUUGA